UGUCAUUUUCUGUCUUCUGGUUGAAGCGGUGAUCGGUGUUUAUUUUUUUUUUGAUAAUGGCGUUUUCGAGGUAAAAUAUAUUUUACGAGGUAUUGAGCUAGAAACUUGGUGGUAACUACGUCUGGCAUAAAUCCUUAAUUAUAAAAAAAACGAAUAAACGAAAUCAGCGACAAACAAAUUGGCGACUACAAUAUGCUGAAGCUAUUUAUCCGCAGUCUUUUUGCUCCACGCUUGUACAAGAAGCACGGAGAUGGCCCCUGCGAUGUACUUUACAGUCCCAACAAUCUGGAAAAGUGGGGUGACUUAGUUAUCAAAACUGUAAAUGCUAUGAGAAGUGUCAGUUUCUAUGCAUCACCAUUUAUUUGCAUGUAUAUUUAUCGUAAAGGAUGGUACACCUAUGAAAAGACACAAUCUCUUGCUCCACUAAUUGUCGGAUUUGGUUGGCUUGUGACAGUGUCUCUUAUUUUACGGGCAGUCGGAAGAGUGACUAAUCCCAAAUAUGUUGAAUUUCUAAAGACUUUGUCUGAUGAUACUUCUGACUUUUCAACUUACUUACAAUCCCUGAGAAAAUAUGAUUUUGAGUUCAAUCACUGGCCUGUCUCAUAUAACGUACCUCCGAUAAAGGGUUCUACUUGGCUGGAGACUAAUCCUUUUGAGCGUUGCUCACACCCUGACUUGCCGGCUUAUAGAAGAAUUCCACUUCAAAUGUUGGCCUUUGUAGCUGUACACACAUUUGGGCUCAGACUUAUCUACCCAGGGACUCUCAUUCUUAUCCUCACUUCCAUGUGGAGAUUGCUUCUAAUAGGCAGAGCACAACUUGUUGAGGUGUUUGAUGGAGUCAGAGCUAAAUUGCAGACUGCCGAAGGGAACUUUAUAGACACUAUGUUUAUAGAUAACAGGCUAAGUACCAACCGAGGAAAUACUUUGGUUAUAUGUUGUGAAGGCAAUUCAGGAUUUUAUGAGAUAGGUAUCAUGUACACUCCAUUAAGAGCUGGAUAUUCCACCUUGGGUUGGAAUCAUCCAGGAUUUGCUGGAAGUACAGGCACCCCAUUUCCAUCUCAAGAACAAAAUGCAAUUGAUGUUGUAAUGCAAUAUGCAAUAAACGAACUUGGCUUUAAGGUUGAGGAUAUUGUUCUUUUCGGCUGGAGUAUUGGGGGUUAUACAGCAACUUAUGCUGCUGUUACCUAUCCUGAAGUCAAGGCUUUGGUGUUGGAUGCAACCUUUGAUGAUAUUCUGCCAAUUGCUCAGAACCAAAUGCCACGGUCUUGGGCUGUACUUGUCAAAGAAAUAAUUCGUUCCUACGCCGACUUAAAUAUUUCUCAGAUGCUACGAAAAUAUAAAGGCCCGGUAACUCUUGUACGCCGAACCAAUGAUGAAGUGAUUUGCUUAAGACAGGGAGUAAUACAUACAAACCGUGGCAAUAAUCUUGUGAAGAAGCUUAUUGAAACCAGGUAUCCAAACCUAUCAAAAGAAGAAUUGGGGUUACUGGACAAAUACAUGACUGUACUUAGUCAACGACGUGCUGCAUUAGAACUUGGCGAAAUUAGUGAAACAGAUCGUAAAGUUUUAAAAUUGAUUUCAAAACACAUGCAUGAUCUUAAUGCAACUCACUGCACUCCUUUGCCGGAGGAUAAUUUCAUCAGGAUUAUGGACUUAAUUAGUGAAGAUUAAAAUAAAAAUCUUAAACAUAUAUCAGUGUCUAUAGGUACAGAUCUAAGAUGUUUAGAUUUUCUUAAUAAGAUUCCAUUAAAUUGCAUUUGUUCUAACAGUAAGGUAAAUUAUGACUUUGGUUGAUUAUUUUAUUUAUAACUCUAGUUAUUUAUAACUCUUCAAGACAAAGAAAUUUUGUCACAUUAAUGUAUCUUAGACUGCAUUUAUACUGUCGGGUAAAAUUCUGCAUUAUUAAAAAGUUGUCCUUAUUAAUUUUAAUGUGUAAUAAAAUGUUGUUUUAACAUUUAACUUUAUUAUAAGCCUUUAUCUGCCCAAAGUUGGACAUAGGACUUCUCCAAUUCCACCAAAAGCAGUUCUCCGCCUUCCAUACCCAAUAACAUAGUAUUUAGCAGAGUACAAUAUAUUUUUACCCUAUAAUUCUAUGAUCAUCAUGCUAUGUAUCUGGAGUCAUGUUUUAAAUACAAAAAAAAUGGAAAUAUACAUUAUUAUUAAAAGUAAUGUAUUUGGAUGGUUCUGUAUUUAAAUUAUUGUGAAUUGAAAUGCAACAAAUUAAUAAUACAAGGAUAGUGAACAAUUUCCACAUUAU